AUUUCUGUUAGAAUGAGGAAUCAAACAGCUCUGCUGCUUCUGCUGCUGAUCUGUUCUCUACAGCUGCUCUCUGGAGAACCUUUUGGUCAACACUUUUCCACUUGCUGUCAGAAAAAUACGAGAGUGAAAAUCCCUCUGAAGAAAAUCACGUCCUACAAGCAGAGCAGCAGCGGCUGCACCUUUAAAUCCAUCAUCUUUGAGACGAUUAAGGGGAAGCGGUUCUGUGUGGAUCCUGAAGCCAACUGGGUGAAGCAUCACAUGAAAGCGGUGGAUUUAAAACUAAAAACAUUCAGCAGAACCUCAAGUUUAUAAAGCUCAUCAUCAG